GACGCAUACCUGCGGGUUGACGAGUGGGUGCUCGUCACGGUAGUACUAGCUUAAAGGGCUGAACAGUUGGUUAACUCGGUGCGUUUAGACGUUUACUGAUUUGGGUAAAGUUAGUGAGCACUUAGCUGGUUGUUAGACGUCAGCGGGGCUUUAGGACACACCAGGACUGCGGAGCUUAGCCGCACUUUGGUUCGUGUUCUUCAUUUCAGAGGCUGGCAGGCGACAGAUCCCUCCUUCAGGAUUUGUGCACACGUCUGAUGUCCUGAGCGUGGAGUCUGCGGAGGAGCGGUAUGCUAGACAUGUGAAGCCGUCAUUCCAGCUGGGAUCAGGCCCUCAACAAGAUACACCAGUCCACAUCUGGAGGUCCAUCAUGCACCUGAAGUCCCAUCCAAAGCUCAUGCGGUCAGAGCUGCGUUUGGAUGCUACCAGCGUCCAGAGGUCGUCCCAGCGGAGCAGUCGGCUCGUGAGGCAGCAGGGGGAGCUGCUGAGGGCAGUGAGUAGUAGCCACGGUAUCGGCGGCACCUCCCGGCUUCCACUCUGCAUCAUUUCAACCAACUUUCUCCGCUGCAACAACAAGAACAACAUAACUUCACUCGGUGUGAAGGUGCAGCGUCAGCCUGUCCUGCAGCGCCCCGCCUCACCCCUCGGCUGUGAGAACAACACUUCUGGGUCGUGUCAGACCACAACAGAUGAUGCUGAUGCUCCACUGAACAUGUCGACCGUUAUUAAACCGGGACAUGUCCGUGAGAAGAUGGCUAUCUUUGCCUCUGAAGGGAGGCGAGCAGAGAGGUCCAAGAGCAGCAAACACACACCACCGAGCAGCUUCAGCAGCUGUGACAAAGCUGCCGUGGCGUGCACGAACAGCUCACCCUCAACGGGACUGUCGCGUGCUGGGAAAGCAAAAGGAAGCUGGGAGGAAAACGGCUCUGCCAAACGCCGACGCAGGUCUGGAAACGGUCAGAACUUCCCACAGCAGCAGAAAAGCCGCCUCAUAGAGGAGCAACAGCCUGCUCUGAAACCAGACUCUGACCAGCAGGUGGCUGAAGAUCGAUGUGCAGUCAUGGAUGUGACGGCGGAGGAAGAAAGGAAAGUUUCAGUUGCAGAAAUGGUGGCCAUCGUGGAGCAGCGAACAAGCCAGCAGCGAGCCUUAAAACCUCUCCUCACCCUCCAGAGGAGCUCCACCACCAUCACCUUGUCCAAAACGACACGGCCAGAGGUCGUGGACGAGGUGUUUGAAGCAGUCAGGGUGUCAGAGAUGGUGGCCAAGCUGGAGUCGGAGUGUCUGAGGAGGAUGGACGGAGGUCUGUCGAGGAACAACAGCCUGAGGAGGACAGUGGGACGAGUCCUCCUGGCUGCUGGAGAGCAGAACUUCAGCCCCUGCAGGCCUUCAUCCCCAUCAGUAACAUCCUCAAGGGUGUCGUUAUCCUCAUCAACAUCUGAAGAUCUGAGUCAGAGACAGGAACCAGUCAGCUCUCCUCAGUCUGACAGGGUGGAGCCCCCCUCCUCAGCUCCCCCUACAGGUGAGCUGGUGGUGGAUCACCAGGAGGUUGUGGAGACGCCUGCGGCCGUGGAGGAGCAGGAGCAGGAGCCGCUUCCCGGCCUCCUGUUUUUGUCUGUGCCUUCUGAUAGGCUGGGCUCGGAGCUCAGAACCCCCCACUACAGAAGCAGCUUUUACCUGGAGCUGCUCCCUUCGCCGGCUGCUCACUGUGACUCUGUCAGCCGCUCACUGAAGAGAAAGAGCAAAGAGCUAGUGAGUGAGACUUCCUGCUCUGCCUCAGUGCCUCUUGGCAGAAGCGCUUCUGCGUCCUGGGACUUCCUGAAGCUCCGUCGGCAGGUGCAGCAGCUGCUGGCGCCGCAGCCUUACCUGGCUGAGCUGCCUCACCUGGCUGAGCUGCCUCAUCACCUUCUGGUGAAGAUCUUCCUGCUGCUGCCCACUCAGAGCCUCGCUGCACUCAAGUGCACCUGCAGCUCUUUUAAGUUCAUCAUCGAGACCUACAGCGUGCGACCUGCAGACUCGCUCUGGGUGUCAGACCCUCGUUACCGUGACGACCCCUGCAAACGGUGCAAAAAGCGGUACCGCCCCGGAGAUGUGUCGUUGUGCCGCUGGCACCACAAGCCUUACUCCCAGGCCCUGCCGUACGGUCCCGGUAACUGGAUGUGUUGCCGGGGUUCCCAGAGGGAAGCUCUAGGCUGCAAUGUGGGUCUCCAUGACAACCGCUGGUUGCCAACAUUACACAGCAUCAACAUGCCGAUCUACAAAAGAAACUCGAGCCACGAUGACAGAGUGUGAGUGUGCGAGUGUGUGUGUGUGAGAGAGAGAGAGAGUGUGUGUGUGUGUGCGCGCGUGAGUGUGUGACAUCGGGGCAGAGCUGCAGCUCGAGGUUCUGACAUUGUUAAUGGUGGCAGCUGCAGCCCAGCGGUGAACAUCCGUCGCUCCCAUGAUGCAUCAGCAGCUCAGUCUUUCCUAAAACAUCUCAAGCUGUGAUUUGGAGAACCAAAGUUUAUGUAAUCGGGCAACAAAGGAUAAGCUGCUGAAUCAAAUCAGACUUUUAAGAACGUAACAUGAAAACUUAAUAAUGAGAGAAAAUAAACUCGAGUAUUGAAAAGUUAUUCCCUCACGAGGAAACUGAAUGGAAAGCUGGAGUUGUUUGAUGCUCAGUGGCGCACCCUGCUGGUGAGUCCAUCACUUCACAGCCUCCGAGGUUUAGGUAGACAACAGACUGAGCAGCAGUUGUCUUAGAGAGGAGGAUUCCCAGCCAGGACUCUUCUCUGUGUUUCAAUCAGAACAUGACUGAAAUGAUCUCUGAUCAGCUCAUCAGUGACCGUUGUCUAACACAGAAAAGCACUGGGGUUAAGUUUUCUAAGGCCUCUAGUGUUUUAGUUUGAAGCUUGGAACGUGGCCAUCCAGAAGAGCAGAUUUCUGUCCGGUUACCUGAGCUCUCAGAUGAAACUGCACUGAUGCACGCCUGGCUGCAGCUCCUGCUGCGUUUGCACAUCCACCGCUCCGUUAGUCACGGUGAAACUGGACUUUCAGACGAAAACAGGCCAGGUUUCCAGUCUGACUGAAGCUGAGACACCCGCCCCAGAGCUCUAACCUAACACCAGCUCUGAGCACGCUUCUGGGUGGUCCGCUGACUUGAUUCGACUGAGGCGGAUCGAAGCUCUUUAAUGUGUGAACAUUUGUUACAACACUACUUAUAUGAUCGCCCCAGAUCCCACCGCCUCCUUGGUAAACCGAAGAGGCUGUUGGGUGAUGGAGCAUCAGGGUGUGGGUUUGGACGCGGCUCCGUUAGCUAGCUGCUAAUCGUUUCCUUCAUGUGGGACAGAGAAAAGCGGCUUGGUGUCUUUGAGACGAUGCAAUACGAGAAAGUGGACUAAAGUUUUAAUAGUUUUAAUAAAGAGUAUCAGGUCUGAAGAGAUGGUUGUGUUUCUGGAGCUUUUCGGUUCGUGUCUGCUGACUCUCUGGAGUUCCUGUUAAGAUGUUUGCUUUAAUAAAGUACUUUUCUCAUCUG